AUGGCGUCUUUGCUCACUCGAACGGUAGCGGCGUCACGAUGGGCGGUGGCAGGACCGUCCAAGGUGGUCUGCUCGACGUUUUCCACUUCUUCUGGUGUGUGGAUUGCGGAUAACAAGAACAAUGCCUCUCCGGCACGCGAUCAUCGACCUCGGUCCGCAGUAGGGCCCGGGUCUGUCGGUCAGACUUCUUCGUCGGUCCAUAGCAAGGAGGAAAACCUCGGUGUCGAAAUUGCGCAGAGUGUGGGGGGAAAGACGCAACGGGAUGCGAUCAACUCUGCCAUGGGAGUUCUCGACAACCUAGCCCGAGACGUCGCUGGUUCCAACACCGACACUUCUCUCUCUGCAGGAACGUCUUCGACGAGCAUCACGACACCUUCCACACCGCUCUCGGCCAUCCACGACUCGUCCUCCGGUCCGAUCUACUCCCCCUCCACGCUCCCACCUCGAUCGGAUCCUACGUUGGAAUUCCUCACCAACCUGCUCAUGAAGGACGGCAAGAAGGCCCAAGCUCAACGCUUCGCCACCCGCACCCUCCACCACAUCGCCUCGGCUACCAACUCGAACCCGCUCCCGUUGAUCCACGAGGCGAUUCAGAAAGCCGCACCGCUGGUCAAGAUGCAGAGCAAGAAGCAAGGUGGAAAGAGUCUGCAGGUUCCUGUGGCGUUGACGCCGAGACAGAGCAUGCGCAAAGCGUUGACGUGGAUCAUCGAGGCGAGCAAGAAGAGACCGGAUCGGGAGUUGGAGAGGAGGUUGGCGGCGGAAUUUCUGGCGGUUGUGGAGGGUGGCAGCAGUGCGGUGGUCAAGAAGGAGGAACAGCAUAAGGUGGCUACUGUGAACAGGGCGAAUGCUGCGGUUAGAAUUUGA